UUUGAUUAUUGUAUUUCUUUAGGUUAAAAAGUAUGAUUGUGGAUCAAGCGAACAACAAGCAAGUUCGUCAUCAUCUUCUUCACUUCAAUCAACGGUGGAUCACAGGACAAUCAGUGGCCGAAUUUCAUCCUUUGGGGAUUAUGAAAGUGCAGGAGAAAAAAAUGGGAUAUCAGUGAGAUGGAUGUCUUCAAAAAUGAGGCAGAUGAAGAAGAUGAUGAACUCCAACUGCAGCAAUGGAUCAACAGAUCACCGUAAAGCAAUGAAAUUUACAGACAAGCUUCGUCGAGUGCAUGAUACCGGCGAAACCGACUACUCUUUGGGUAAAGCCAAUAACAACGCCAUUAGAGUCUGCUCCGACUGUAACACAACGACGACACCUCUUUGGAGAAGUGGCCCUCGAGGUCCCAAAUCUCUUUGCAAUGCUUGUGGGAUUCGACAACGGAAGGCAAGGCGAGCAAUGGAAACGGCUGCGGCGGAAACCGGUGCGGGAGUUGCAACCGAUGCAGCAAUAUCGCUGAAGAUUAAGGUGCAGAACAACAAGGAAAAGAAAUCACGAAUUGGGCAAUUCAGAAAACAACUAUUCAAGUCACCUUCGGAUCAUAAUUCUCCUUAUAAUCAUCAACAAAGCCAAAAGAAGCUUUGCGUCAAGGAAUUUGCUUUGAGUUUGAGCAAGAACUCAGCUUUGCAGCGUGUGUUUUCUCAGGACGUUGAAGAUGCUGCGAUUCUCCUAAUGGAGCUCUCUUGUGGACUUGUUCAUGGUUGAAUUGAU